AUAAAGAGGGUUCCGGAAAUGUCCCUGAAACAGAGCUUACCCUGAAGGCCUCCCAGAGACCACCUGAGAAAACACCAUGAUCGCUUUCUGCAUUCUUGUGGCCCUUGCCGGCACGACCUUUGCCGACCUGGUGCCCACCUACGCUGUCCGAGUGGCGCCAGUCCUUCCAGUCGCGACCAGCACCAUCCACCAUACACCGGCAGUGUCCAAGGCCACCAGAGUUACCAGCUACGAGACAGUGCAGCAGGGCGUACCACACACUCUCUCCAAGGUGUCCACAUACACGCCCGCCGAAACUACGGUGCACACUGUACACGGGACUGCUCCCACAGCUGUGACCACAGGCGCCGUCCACGUGCCGACCUACUCCUACUUGCCUCACUACAACGUCCCCUUCCAUGGCCACCCGCUUCCCUAUCACAACGUCUACGGCUUGGGCCCUUACGGUCUCAGCUACAGCCACGUCGUGCCGGUUAAAGAAUAAACAAAGUUUUCAGCCAUUUCCAAGCACCCGAACCCUACCAAGAAUGACGCUCAUUACAGUGCUCGAAGAUCACCAGAACUUGUAGAGUACGUGUCUGAGAAAUAAACCAGUUUUGCUCAUGCA